GUGCCUUGAUCGCUCACGAUUUUACGGCUAAUUAUGGCGCGCGUGUAAUAUACACACUGCUGGGAGUUCAUAUGUGUCGUAGUUCCCGCAUUUUAUUUGCGAGCUUUGAGGUUAAAGAUUGUGUCAAUAAUCCUAAGCAGUUAUUCCCACCAGUAUGUCUGAGUCGCUGAAGGUAGAAAGAUUCAUUCGGUGUUUAUAAUAUAUUUGAAAUCCACGGCGGCGCGCGGCGCGCCAGUCGGCCGGCCGGCCGCGCCGCGUGCUGGCGGCCCGCGCAGCCGCGCCAUGGCCGACGAGCAGCGCUACAUCGUGGACGUGUUCGUGGGCGCGCUCAGCUCUCACUACGAGUCGCUCAGCAUCCAGGCCAGCAAGGCCACAUCGGCCGCCGAGAUAGUGCUGUGCAUCGCCGAGAAGCUGCAGCUGCCCGAGCCGGCCGCCUUCGAGCUGGCCGAGGUGGUCGGCGACGAGCACGGCAGGGAGUGCAAGGAGCGCCGGCUGGCCGGUGACGAGCGGCCCGUGGCCGUGCAGCUGUUGUGGCCGCGCCAGCAGCAGCAGCAUCAGCAGCAGCACAGACUGUACCUGCGGGACAAACUCUCUGACGCGCUAUGGACGGAGAACCUGUCGGCCGAACCGCAGAUCCUGCGGGACUACUUCUCGCGCUUCAUGUGCCAGCCUCGGGACCGGGAGUACCCGGACCUGUGCCAGCUGCCCGACCUCACCGAGGACACGCUGCUGGGAAACCUGCGCGCCCGCUUCGCCAGCGGACACAUCUACACGUACGUCAACUCGAUCCUCAUCGCGCUCAACCCGUUCAAGUUUUACCCGAUCUACAACCCCAAGUAUGUGAAGCUGUACCAGUCGCGGCGCCUGGACGAACUGCCGCCGCAUAUUUUCGCCAUCGCCGACGCCGCCUACCAGAAGAUGCUGCGCGGCGGCCGCAACCAGUGUAUAGUGAUCAGUGGCGAGAGUGGCAGUGGUAAGACGGAGAGCACCAACUUCCUGCUGCACCACCUAACGGCGCUCAGCCACAAGGGCGCGCUGGCGUGCGGCGUCGAGCAGACCAUCCUGGCCGCCGGGCCCGUCCUGGAGGCCUUCGGCAACUCCAAGACGGCGCACAACAACAACUCGAGCCGCUUCGGCAAGUUCAUCCAGGUCAACUACAAGGAGAACGGCCAGGUGCACGGCGCGGUGGUGCAAAAGUACCUGCUGGAGAAGUCGCGUAUCGUCUCCCAGGCGCGGAACGAGCGCAACUACCACGUGUUCUACUACUUGCUGGAGGGCGCCUCGGAGGAGGAGAGGCAGCAGCUGCACCUGCUGCCGCCGUCCCAGUACCGCUACCUCAGCCAGAGCGAGUGUAACAGCCUGGAGGGCGUGGACGCCAAGUACGAGUUCAGCCGGCUGCGCCAGUCCAUGGAGAUGGUGGGAUUCUCGCCGGACAAGCAGAGCAAGCUGUUCGCCCUCCUCUCGGCCGUGCUCCUAAUCGGCAACGUGGGCUUCCAGAACAAGAAGACGACCUACCACCACGACGAGUCGGUGAGCGUGAAGACCACGGCGCUGGUGGACGUGAUCGCCGACCUGCUCAAGGUGCGCCACGAGGUGCUGAAUGCGGCGCUCACCUACAAGCGCGCCCGCGUCGCCGGCGAGGUGGUCGUCAUCAACUACCGCAUGCAGGAGGCGAUCGCGGCGCGCGACACUCUGGCCAAGUGCGUGUACGCGGCGCUGUUCGACUGGAUCGUGCUGCAGGUCAACAGCUGGCUGCUGGCCAAAAAGGACGUCAGCCGAGAGCACCACGGGCCCUCCAUCGGCGUGCUGGACAUCUUCGGCUUCGAGGACUUCGGCAACAUCAACAGUUUCGAGCAGUUCUGCAUCAACUACGCAAACGAGCACCUGCAGUUCUACUUCAACCAGCACGUGUUCAAGUACGAACAGGAGGAGUAUCUGCGGGAGGGUAUCCGCUGGCAGAACAUCGCCUUCGCCGACAACACCGGCUGCCUGCAGCUGUUCGAGAACAAGAUGCGCGGCCUGCUCAGCAUCCUGGACGACCAGUGCAACUUCCCGGGCGCUACGAAUGAGACGCUGCUGCAGAAGUUCCAUAAGGAGAACAAGAACAACGAGUUCUACGAGGUGCCGCAGAAGUUCGAGCAUGCCUUCCUCAUCCACCACUACGCCGGCAAAGUCAAGUACCAGGUGGCCGAGUUCCGCGAGAAGAACCUGGACCUGAUGCGGCCCGACAUCGUGUCCGUGCUCAAGUCGUCGAGCCUGCAGUUCGUCCGAGAGCUGGUCGGCACCGACCCGGUGGCCGUGUUCCGCUGGGCCAUCCUGCGCGCCUUCUUCCGCGCGCACAGCGCCUUCGUGCAGGCAGGCGCGCGCGCCGCCGCCAGCGCCGCCAACGGACCCGGCCGCAAGCUCAGCUUCCGCAAACCGCCGGCCGGCGGCGCGCCGGAGCCGGGCAGUGUCGGGCCGGCCGCUGCCGCUGCCGCCGGGGGUCGCCGAUGGAGCACGGUCAGCGAGUGCAGGGCUCAGCUGCGCAGCGCCGCGCUGGGCCGCCGGCCGCGCGCCGACUCGGAGGGCGUGGCCGCCGGCCUGCCUGCCGACGAGCUGCUGCUCAGAGAGGCGCAGGACAUUGUCCGUAAGAACAAGUCGUUCCGGCCCCGUGGCCGCACGCCGCCCAAGAGCGUCAAGAGCCUGGAGGGGAUGCGCACGGUGGCGGGCUCUGGCCAGGGCGGCGGCAAAGGUCACGGCUCACGCAAACAGCCGAGCACGGUGACGGCCCAGUUCCAGCAGAGCCUGCAGAGCCUGCUGGUGACGCUCAACCAGGCCAACCCCUUCUUCAUCCGCUGCAUCAAGUCCAACCUGCAGAAGGACCCGAACCGGUUCGAUGACGCCACGGUGAGCCGCCAGCUGCGCUACACGGGCAUGCUGGAGACGGUGCGGAUCCGCCAGUGCGGCUACAACAUCCGCUUCACGUACGAGGAGUUCAUCCAGAUGUACCACAUCCUGCUGCCGCGCGGGCUGCUCAGCUCCCAGUCGGACGUGGCCGAGUUUCUGGCCGAGCUCGGUCUGGGCGAGGACCACCUGCAGCUGGGCAGCACCAAGCUGUUUCUGCGCGAGUCGGUCAAGGUGCAGCUGGACCACGGCCUGCACCAGGCCAUCCUGCGUCAGGUGGUGGUGAUCCAGCGCUGGUUCCGCACCGUCUCCGAGCGGCGACACUUCCUGCGCGUCCGCUCGGCCGCCGUCCGCAUCCAGGCCCAGGUGCGCGGCUUCCUGGCUCAGCGGCUCUACCAGAACCUGCGCGUGCGCCACAUGGCGGCCACGCUGAUCCAGAAGAUGUGGCGCGGCUACGAGGUGCGGCUCUGGUACACCAGUCUGCGCCGCAGCCUCGUCCACUUCCAGGCGCGGGUGCGCGGUAACAGCACGCGGCGCCGGUUCGCCGCCGCCCGUCAGGAGUACCGGCAGCGCAAGGCCAGCGGUCACACCUCUGAGUCGUCGCUCGACAUCUACGGCGUGGACAAGUCGGCGCCGGACGAGGCGUUUCUAUCCAAGGAGUCGUCCCAGGAGGAGCUGGAUGAGCGGACGGGGCCUUUCCCGGCCGAGGCCCAGCGGCGACACCGCGACAGCGAGGAGAGCAGCGGCGUGCACGAGGACAGCGAGCCAGAGUCAUCACAGCACUCGGAGACGCACGCAGCCGGCGCGCCGCCGCCCCCGCCGCCGCCUCCGCCCCCUCCGCCGCCCCCGCCGCAGCAGCAGCAGCAGCAGUCGCAGCAGCAGCAGCAGCAGCAGCAGCAGCAGCUCAGCCAGCAGCAGAGGGAAAGGCCGGCACCGCCGCCGCGUCGCCAGGACAAGCGUUCGACGGUGCGGCGCAGCUGGUCGACCCAGUCUGAGCACCCGGCCGCGCGGCCCACCAGUGUGCCGCUCCAGGAGAAGGCCGCCACCGUGGAGAACGUGGCCGCAGACGCCCGCCUCAGCCCCGUAGAGAGUCCCCUAGAGCCGGCGCCACCCCAGCAGCUCAAGACGCCCGACUCCGACUCGGGACCCGUCAGCUCGCGAACGCCCUUCAACCGAGCCAAAAAACACAUCAAGUCCAUCAUAGUGGGCGCCAAGAAGCCCCCGGGCGGCGGCGGCGGCGGAGGCGGGGGCGGCGGUCCGGCGACCCCGGACAGCGACGACUCGGACACGGAGGGUACGCUGACACUGGGCUCGUCGUCACGCUCCACCACGCCGUCUGUUUCGACACUGAACUCCCUGGCCAGCCUGACGAGCGCGCACAGCGCCGACGAGGCGCGCACCCGCGAGCAGCGCCGGGAGGACCGGCGGCGGAUCAUCGCGCAGCGCGAGCUGGCGCGCGGCGGCGGCGCGUCGGAGCACCCGGCGGUGCUGGACCCGCGGCGGGACAGCGUGUGCAGCUACCCGGCUCCCUACCGGCGGCUGGAGAAGAUGGACUCGACCUCAUCGGGCGUGUCGGAGGAGGAGCAGCGGCGGCGCUCCUCCAUCAGGUCGUAUAACGUGGAGACGCCCCGCUCGGAGGAGGACCGGCUGCGCGCGCGGCUGGCCCACCAGCGCAGCGCGUCGGCCGACCGGGACGCCAAGGCCAGCACGCACCACUUCCAGCGCGCCACCAAAGUGCCCAAGACAGAGACGUGCCUCCAGUGCCAGAAGCCCUUCACCUCGCUCUUUGUGCAGGGCUACAAGUGUUCAUUUUGUAAACAUUACUUCCACCCCAAGUGUGUACAAGCGGCGGCCAACUGCCUCUGCGACCGCGAACAGGGCCUCGAGAUGGACGGCCGGAAAAAGAAGGCUGGUCGAUGGAAGAUGCACGGCACCUCCGAGUUUACCGACCGAGAGGAUAAGGUCAUCUCGGACGCCGCCGAGGUCAAACAGCUCGAGGAGUUCAUCUUCAACAAGAUCGCCGAGCUGGACAGCCGGUCGGGCGGCGACUCGAAGAAGGUUGUCUCGUCGGCCGACCGUGUGUUCCAGAAGGCGCUCAAACAGUUCCGCAUGACGCUACUCACCCAGCACGGACUGUCGCAGCGCGGCGACGGCGCCCUACCGCUCGGCAUCAAGUACCGCGACCUCAUCGACACAUUCACCAGCAUAAUGGCGUCGGUGAUCGGCGACCAGCGCGAGAGCGCAGAGUUUCCGGCCACCAUGGGCGUCAACGCGUUCCGCGGCUACCUCGACGAGUUCCUGCUCACACUGGAUGACAAGCCGCGCGCCAAGAAACACAAACGCAACCGGCGACAGGCCAAAAAGAAAAAGGAAAAGCGGGAGGAGGAGCCGGUUCAGAUGCUGGGCCACAGUUUCCUCUCGAUGGUGAUCAACAUCCCUACUGCGUGCGAGAUCUGCUCCUCGUUCAUGUGGCUCAUGGAGAAGGGCUACGUGUGCCAAAACUGCAAGCUCACCUGUCACAAACGCUGCCAGUGCAAGGUGGUGAUCAACUGCACGCGCGAGGCGGCGGCGGCGGCCCAGUGCGCGCCGCCCGACCGGCGCGUGUUCGGCGUGCCGCUGCCACUGCUGAUGACGGACGGCCGGGUGCCGGCCGUGCUGGAGAAGCUCAUCAGUACGCUGGAGCUGCGCGGCCUCUACACCGAGGGCCUGUACAGAAAGUCGGGCGUCAGCCGGCGCGUCAAACACCUGCGUGACGAGCUGGAGGAGCACCUGGACGAGGUGGACCUGGAGGAGGUGCCCGUGCACGUGCUGGCCGCCACGGUGAAGGCGUUCCUGCGCGAGCUGCCCGAGCCGCUGCUGACGUUCGCGCUGUACGACGACUUUCUGCGGGCGGUGAGCAUCCGCGACCGUCAGGACCAGUCGCAGACGGUGUUCGCCAUCAUCGAGCAGCUGCCGGCGGCCAACUACCAGCUGCUCGAGCGGCUGCUCUUCCACCUGGCCCAGGUGGCGAGACAGGAGCACGACAACCGCAUGAGCCCCAACGCGCUGGCCAUCGUGUUCGCGCCCUGCAUUCUGCGCACGGACCGCGCCAUGGCCGCUCAGGACUCGCUGCACGAUAUCGCCGCUCAGACCCAGUGCGUCGAGCUGAUGAUCUGCGAGCGGCUGGCGCGACUGCGCACCACUCUGGCCGAAAUUGUCACCCUGGAGGACGCGUGCCGUCGCGCGCAGACCCGACUGCGGCCCGAGAGCGAGCAGGCCGCCGAGCUGGAGCACUACCUGCGCGAGCUGCGCCACGAGCAGCGCCGGCUGGCGUCGGCGCUGCCGCGGCUGGCGGCCGGCGGCGCGCUCUCGGCCUCCGAGGACGAGCUGCUGGGGCCCGACUCGCGCGCCGGCUCGCAGGACGAUCUGUCGGCGGCGUCGGCGGCGUCUCCGGCCGACAGCGGCGCCGGCACGCCGGCCUCCACCCCGGCCAGCACGCCGGCCGGCACUCCGGCCACCGGCGCGCCGCCGCCGCAAGAAUGGGUCUGACCGACGGCCGACUGGCCAAUCACCGACCGGCCCGUGCCGUGACGUCACGCGACGCUGCGCCAAUCGGCGCCGGCCCCACAUGCUAGUCAACGAGUGCGCUAGUUGUACAUAUAUGUACUCUCGCGCGCGCGCGCGGCGCGCCGGCUGUCCCGCGGCCCUGCUCGUAUCGACCGUCUGAGGCAUUCCACUCUUCAUCGCUUUCAAUGCUCAACACAAUGCUCCUGCCGGCCGGCGGUCGGCCGGGCGCGCUGGCGCCGCGGACGGUCGUGUGGUUUGUAUCACCUUUGCCGGCCGGCCGGCGCCCGGAGCCGCGGCCCGGUGCCGCUCGUUUCCCAGUGGAAUACUCAGCCGUGCCGCGGCGGCGCGGCGCCUCAGCGUUUGGGUAUUUUACGCGUCGUAUUGACUGACCUUGUUGGGUGUGAUGGAUGUGAUAUGCCGCUGACUGUGUCCGCGCCUCGUGUUACCUGUCUGAUGAACCAAUGUACUGUUGAGAUGGA